CUCUCAAAAAGUGCAAAACCCCAAACAGACCUCCAUUCAUAUCAAUGGCCGCCGCCGCGACUUUCCUCCUCCGCCACCGCCAAUCCCUCCUCCGUUCUCCCAAACUCGCUCGCUCGAGCCACUCCCUACCCGAUCCCCCGGAGAAAAUCAGCAGCCCUCUCUCCCACCAACUCCAGCAAUCAAAAUGGCUCGCCCGUUUCCCCCAUUCCAUCUCUCGCAAAUGCAAGGACUUCGAAUUCUCCUCUCCCACCGCCAUAUCCUCCAAUCGGUCUUCCUCUCCGCCGAGAUUCGGGUUUGUCAGCUGGUAUUUGGGCAUGGUCAAAACCCGACCCGUCGCGACCAAAACCGUCACGGCUGCCCUCAUCUACACCGCCGCCGAUUUGUCGUCUCAGACGAUUGUGUCGAUUGUGGGGGGAAGUGGAGAGGGUUAUGAUUUGGCGAGGACUUUGAGAAUGGCUGGGUAUGGAAUGCUGAUAGUGGGGCCUUCUUUGCAUUUUUGGUUCAAUUUCGUGUCCCGAGUGUUUCCAAAGCGUGAUCUUUUGUCGACGUUUGCGAAAAUGGCGUUGGGGCAGACGGUGUAUGGCCCCACUGUCACUGCUUUGUUCUUCUCUGUUAAUGCUGCUUUGCAAGGUGAGAGUGGAUCCGAGAUAGUUGCUAGGUUGAAACGCGAUAUGGCCCCCACGUUACUUAGAGGUGUGAUGUACUGGCCGAUAUGUGAUUUUAUCACAUUCAAAUUUGUGCCUGUUCAUUUACAGCCUCUGGUGACCAACUCAUUCUCGUAUCUGUGGACAAUCUACCUGACCUAUAGGGCAGGUUUAGAAAAAGUCGACAAGGUGGGAGUUUGACUACUAGAUCCAUUUCGAUGCCUCAUCUCGAAUGAUUCCCAGACGGCAGCUUGGUUACCUCGGCUCAUACAUUGCUAGGUAUGACCAAAGAAGAAGCGAAAGGGUUUCGUCGUUCAAGCAGUGGAGACUGGAGAAUCUGGUGAAGUGAUAGUUUUUGCCUUUUUUGGCAGGGACUAUUGAUGAAGAUUUAGUUUCUUCUGUUUGGAAAUGGCACUAUUUCCUUGCCUCAGUUAUUUUUGUUGUCUCAAUCAUAUUAUAUCAUUUUCUUUCACUUAAUAGUAUAUAAAAUUUUCAGCAACUGAAUUUAUUUUAAACAAUGUAAUUAGUUUGUUAGUACUACUAUUAUUUCAAUUCUAAAAGUUGUAAGAUGAUUAUUCUUUAUGUCGAAACACUUCAGUUAAGCC